AUGAGCACGAGGAUAGAUCGCGCGCUGAUAUCGCAGCCGUUGCAGUGUAAGCUGAUCGAUGUCUGGCACGAGGAGAUAACCAACAACAUGACGGACCAAUGGUAUGCGGUGGCGGUGUCACUGGAGUCGUCCACGGCGAUUGCGCGUGGCCCGGGGAUCUGGAGAUUGAGAGGGAACGAGGCGAAGAAGGCGGGGGUCAGAAAGAUCAUCAAGAAGGUGCUUGAUGAGGCGGCAGGGGACCUCAUUGCCGCGCUACCUCGCUUGACGGUGUGUUUGAGGGCGUACGAGAGGCAGGAACGAAAAAGGGUGAAGGCGACGAGAGCACACCUGUCAAAAGAAGUGGAGAUCUUCUGCUACCGCUUGAUGGCAAACCCGCACUGUCAGCGCACAGUCUCCGUUCUGCUAAAAAAGGAAGAGCUGCUUCUGGCCUACGAUAAGAUCCACAAGGAGAAGUUGCAGAUCUGGGCUGGCAUGACGGCGGAGCUGGACGGGGAGGCGGCGACCGGUUACCUGUCGGGGAAAAUUAAGAUGCGGAAGGCAAAAACAGAUAUCAAAGAGGUUAGUCUAAAAGGAGUCAGCUAUACUGGAGCAAGAGAAGUACUUGGCGCGGCUACUAAUUUCUUCCGGGAAGCUUUUGGGGCAGCCGCCCUGGAGGAUUCGGGUGACGUCGGGCGAAAACCCAUGGAGCGGAAGCUGGGAGACAGCAGCAAGGAGGCGCUCAGCGCGCCAUGGACAGAAGAGGAAGUGCGUAAGGCAGUGAAGGAGUUAUCGUCGGGGAAGUCGCCGGGGCUUGACGGGCUCCCAAAGGAACUUUUUGAGCACAAUUGGGAUGUGCUCGGGCCGGCGCUGAUGGGUUUUGUCCGGAAUUUCGCGGAAACAGGGAAGCUGCUGAAGUCCAUCAACACGGCGGUGACAAUCCUCCUGCAUAAGAAGGGGAGCAAGGACGACUUGGGGAAUUACAGACCAAUUACGUUGCUGAGCACAAUCUAUAAAGUGGUGGCGAAGGUGAUGGCCAACAGACUUAAAAAGGUAAUACACGAAGUGAUAUCGGAGGACCAGGCUGGAUUUAUACCUGGCAGGAAGCUGGCAGAUGCGGUGGCGGUAGUGGCGGACGCCAUUGAAGCAGGGGCCAGCGGCAGGGAAGACUGGCUGCUGCUCAUGGUGGAUUUCCAGAAAGCUUUCGACUCAAUCUCGAGAAGCUUCCUCUUCCGCACCAUGAGGAGCAUGGGCUUCCCGGAGAACUUUAUGUCCUGGACAGAGGGCCUGCACAGGGAAGCGGGCACGAGACUGCAUGUAAAUGGCUGGACAGGCGACGCGGUUGCAGUAAAAAAGGGGGUGAGGCAGGGCUGCCCGCUGGCGCCAUACCUCUUUUUGUGCGCCGUGGAGCCGCUGUGCCAAGAAAUUGCGAGGCGGGAUUUGGGGAUUGGAAAAGCAGAGCUGGGAAAGCUGGCGUACCUGGGGUAUGCAGACGACACCUCCCUAUUGCUGCAAGGGGAGGAACAGCUGGCGACAGCGACGGAAGUGCUCGAGAAAUUCGGAGAGGAGUCUGGGCUGAAAGUCAAUCGGAGCAAAACGGUGGUUUUCCCGCUGGGGAGUAACAGAGGCAACCAAUCACCGCCGCAUCUUCAGUACAAGUGGGCAGACAAGGGCGAGCCGGAGCGUCUGCUGGGUGUGUGGAUCACACCAAACGGGGACCCGGAGCCAUCCUGGGAGAGGGCACUGGACAGGGCAAGGACAGAGUUAGCAAGUUGGGAGUCGCAGCACCUGACAACCACAGCCAAAGUUACCAUAAUCAAUGUAUACAUCACACCGAUCUUCCUGUUUCAAGCGCAGAUUUACCCGCCACCGGACGAAAUCUAG